AUGGAUGCCAUAAGCCAGUGGGAUCCUUUGACUCUUGUGAUCUUUCUUGCUUUAUCGGGAAUGUUCGCAGUUUCUUGCUAUGCAUGGGUUUAUUUCAUCAAACACCAUCAGUGCAACACUCCUCCAGGUCCACCAGGCCUUCCCUUGAUCGGCAAUCUUCUAUCUCUCGAUCCUGAACUUCACAAACAGUUCACCUCUUUGUCUCAAACCUACGGUCCCAUCUUUUCGCUCCGACUCGGCCCCAGAUACGGCGUCGUCGUGUCCUCCCCUUCAAUCGCUCGUCAAGUGCUCAGAGACCAUGACGUCAUUUUCGCUAACCAUGACGUUCCGGCCGCCGUCAGGGUGGCAACUGAAGGUGCAAGUGACAUACUUUGGACCCCUUAUGGAUCUGAGUGGCGAAUGCUGAGGAAAGUGUUUGUGCAGUGGAUGGUCAGCAACUACACCUUAGAUUCCGUCCACAUGCUUCGUCGCAAGGAGGUUCGGAAAAUGGUGGGCUAUCUAUACGGUCGGGUCGGGUUUCAAGUGAAUAUUGGGGAGCAGAUGUUUUUAACGGUGUUGAACGUGAUCACUAGCAUGAUAUGGGGCGGAACGGUGGAAGAAGGCGGUGAUGAGAGGGCCAUUGUGGGAGCAGAGUUAAGGAAAGUGGUGGCGGACUUCACGGAGCUGUUGGGUAAGCCGAACAUAUCGGACUUCUUUCCUGGGUUGGUGAAGUUUGGCUUGCAGGGAGUGGAGAAACAGAUGGGUUCUUUGGUUCAGCGGUUUGACCAGAUCUUCGAGAAGAUACUCAGGCAGAGAUUAAAGAUGAACAAGGAGAGUGGCAACAAAGAAGAUAGUAAAGAUUUUUUGGACUUCUUGUUGAAACUGAAGGACGAUGAAAAUGCCAAGCUACCACUCACCAUGGCACACAUUAAGGGCCUCCUCAUGGACAUGGUGGUGGGCGGAACUGACACAUCAGCUAACACAAUGGAGUUUGCAAUGGCUGAGAUUAUGUCCAAUCCAGAUGUGAUGAAGAGAAUCCGACAAGAACUAGAAAGUGUUGCGGGACAAGACAACGUUGUAGAAGAGUCUCAUAUUCACAAGCUUCCUUACUUGCUCGCAGUUGUAAAAGAAACUAUGAGGUUGUACCCAGUCGUUCCACUGUUAGUUCCUCAUUGUCCAAGUGAAACAAUCACUGUAGGAGGCUACAAAAUCCCAAAAGGCUCUCGUGUGUUCGUGAAUGUGUGGGCAAUACAUAGAGACCCUUCUGUUUAUGAUAAUCCUUUGGACUUUAAUCCCUCCAGGUUCUUAGAUUCAAAACCGGAUUUUAGAGGAAAUGACUUUAGGUAUUUACCAUUUGGGUCUGGACGAAGAAUCUGUGCAGGAAUAACUCUGGCUGAGAAGAACUUGUUGUAUUCUCUUGCAAUACUAAUGCAUUCAUUUGAUUGGAAAGUGCCUCCAGGCCAAAAGUUGGAUAUAUCUGAGAAGUUUGGUACUGUGCUGAAGAAGAAAACACCUCUAGUUGCCAUUCCUACACCACGAUUAUCCAAUCCAGCUCUUUAUGAGUGA